AUGGAUAGAUUCCAAACAAAAAGAAAAACCUAUAGUUACAAUGGAUAUAGUAAUAAUGACUAUGGAUACUACAAUAAUAAUUGUAGUAAUGUAAAUUACAAUAACGAUAUUCAUUAUAAAAAUAAUAACUAUAAUAAUAAUAACAAUAAUAAUAAUAGUAAUAGUGGUAAUAACUUUAAUAAUAAUAAUAAUAAUAAUAAUAAUAAUAAUAAUAAUAAUAAUAAUAAUAAUAAUAAUAAUAAUAAUAAUAAUAAUUACACAUAUGGUAAUAAUAAUAAUAAUAAUAGUAAUAAUAAUAAUAAUAAUAUUAACAAUAAUGGUAAUAGUAAUAAUAAUAAUAAUAAUAGUAAUGGAAGUGAAAAUAAUUAUUUUCAAUCAGAGAACCAAUCAAAUAAAGAUCAAAAUAGUUAUUUUAAUAGUUCAUAUUUACGAAAUCCGGUCGAUAACUAUAAUCAUAAUAAUAAUAAUCAUAAUAAUAACGCUUUUGAUAACAAUAAUUAUAAUACCCAAAAUUUGGGUGACUAUAGUUAUAAAAAUGAUGGCUAUAAUAAUGACAAUAAUAAUAAUGAUAACAACAACUCUUAUGGAGACACUGAUAGAGAAAAAUAUAGUAUAGAGAAAAUAUGUAACGAAAAUGAUUACGAUAGUGUUAAUAAUAAUAAUAAUAAUCGCAACUAUAGUAAUAGUUAUAAUAAUAAUAAUUAUAAUGAUGGUAAUAAUAAUUAUAAUAGCAAUAAUUAUAAUUAUAAUAAUAAUAAUAAUAAUAAUAAUAAUAUUAAUAAUAAUAAUAAUAGCAAUAGCAAUAGCAAUAGCAAUAGCAAUAGCAAUAGCAAUAGCAAUAGCAAUAGCAAUAGCAAUAAUAACAACUAUAAUAAUUAUGGUUAUAAUAAUCAUAAAUCAAACAAUGGAGGAAAUAGAUAUAGUGAUGAUGACGACAAUGUAUUUAAUAAUAAUAAUAAUAAUAAUAAUAAUAAUAACAAUAAUUAUAAUAAUUAUAAUAGUAAUAAUAACUACAACAAUGAUUAUGACUAUAAUGAUGGUAAGAGAGCUAAUAUCUAUAGUAGAAACAAUAGCAACAAUAAUAACAAUAGCAAGUCGGGUAAUAAUAAUAGUAACAACUAUAACCAUAAUAAUAGUAAUAAUAAUGGUGGUUAUAAUAAUUACAAUAAUGGCUAUAACAACUAUAACAAUAAUAAUAGUAAUAAUAGCAAUCACAAUAGUUCGUAUAAUAAUAACAAUAAUAAUAAUUAUAAUAAUAAUAAUAAUAAUAAUAAUAAUAAUAAUAAUAAUAAUAAUAAUAAUAAUAAUAAUAAUAAUAAUAAUAAUAAUAAUAAUAAUAAUAAUAAUAAUAAUAAUAAUAAUAAUAAUAAUAAUAAUAAUAAUAAUAAUAAUAAUAAUAAUAAUAUUAGUAAUAAUAGUAAUAACAACAAUUUUAACUAUAACAAUGAUAAUGAUAGGAAUAAUAGUAAUGGUAAUUAUAACAAUAAUAGUAGUAAUAUUAACAACAACAAUAAUAAUAAUAAUAAUAGCAAUAGUUAUCAUAACAGUUGUAUUAGCUAUAGUAAUGGAGGCAGCAAUAGUAAAAACUCAAAUAAAAACAAUUACAAUAAUCAGCAAAGCAAUGCAAAUGGUAACCACGUUGGAAAUAGUAAAAAUAAUGAAAGCUGUAACAAUACCAAUACAAAUAUAGAAAAAUCAAAUAAAUCAAUGUGGGACGAUGAAAAUGAUUAUUAUAAAGUUCAAGUUGGUGAAUACCUUAACAAUAGAUAUAAAGUUUUAUGUACAGUUGGGUCAGGUACAUUUAGUACUGUAGUCGAAUGUUGGGAUACCAAUUCAAGUGGCCAAGUAGCAAUUAAAAUUGUUAGAUCUGCUAAAAAGUAUACAGAAGAUGCCCUCGUUGAAAUUGACAUAUUAAGAAAUUUAGAAAAAACUGGAAAUUCAAAUGGAAAAUAUCUUAGUCAUUGUAUUAGAUUAUUAGAUUCAUUUUUAUUUAAAGAUCACAUUUGUUUAGUAUUUAAAAGGUAUGGACUUAGUCUUUAUGAAUUUUUGAAAAAGAAUAGAUAUAGACCACUUCCUUUAUCUCAAAUUCAAAAUAUUAGUAAACAAUUGUUAACUGCAAUUUAUUCAAUGCAUAAAUUAUCAUUAGUUCAUACAGAUUUAAAACCAGAGAAUAUUUUAUUAGAGUCAUCAAGAUUUACAUACUUUGAUAAUUCAAUACCAUUACAAUUUAAAAAUUCCAUUGAUACAACAUCAAAUAAUUCAGUGGAUCAUUAUUGCCAUUUAGUUGAUACUGACAUUGUGGUUAUUGAUUUUGGUGGUGCAACAUUUGAAAAUACUCAUCAUACUGCUAUCGUUUGUAGUAGACCUUAUAGACCACCAGAGAUUAUCUUGGGAAUGGGUUGGAGUUAUCCAUGUGAUAUUUGGGGUGUUGGUUGUAUAUUGGUUGAGUUGUAUUUAGGUUAUACUUUAUUCGAUACUCAUAAUAAUGUACAACAUUUAGCAAUGAUGGAGAAAGUAAUGGGACCAUUUCCAAAUUCAAUGUCAAAUGUUUCAAAAAAAUACUUUAAUGAUUAUGGUACAUUAAAUAGACCUCAAAAUUCUGAUGAAAUUAAGUCAAUGGAAAGAGUUGAAGGUUUAAAACAAUUAAAAGAAUAUUUCCAUCCUUGUCAUGAUUCAUUUUUUGAUUUAGCAAGUCGUUUAUUAGAAUAUCAACCAUCAAAAAGAAUUUCUGCUUCAGAUGCACUUUCUCAUCCAUUCUUAUUUGAAACAAUUGAAAAUGAUUGUUUUGGUCCAAUUUAA